AUGGAAAACCAUAAUCUUUCGGUUAAUAUCCACAUGCUUAAUUCUGAGCAACGUCGUCAACUUUUUCUCGCACUAAUCGAUGCUGAUCCAACUUUGCCUAACGUGCUAAAUUCUGAACGACGUCAUCGGUUAUAUGCUGUAUUAGUUGCUAUCGAUCCUACUCUUGCACAACCACUUUUAGAUUCACGUAGUGCUGUUCAUGGGAUUAUUAAUGAGCAAUUCCCAAAAGGAUUUACAAUGAACCCAAUAAAGAUUAAAGAAUACGAAGACUAUAAAGAUACUCAAAAAAGAAAUAAAAAUGAAUUACAAUGGUAUGAAUUUUUAAACUUAGACAAAAAGCAAUACUUAAAUUUUAGAAAUAAUCUACAAAAUCGUGCAGCUUCUCGAUUUUUACGUGGUGAACCUCUAUCUCGACAACCAAAGGGAAAAGCUAAAGAAGUAAUUAAAGAAUUUAAUAAAGCGAAUCCAACGUUUCCAGUUUCUGAAGCUGAUUUUAUUCUUCCUCAAAGUGGAAAAUCUAGUAAACCUUGUCUUGCUUCAUAUUGUAAUAGCAUGGUUGAUCAAGAAAAAAAAAAGCAAAUUGCUAAUGCAAAAGCAAAAGGGUAUGCAUUACCACCGCCGAAAAAGAAUGUUCGGCCUCCUGCUCGAAAACGCAAUACAAACCAUACUCAAAUUGAAAGUGUUCUCGAUCAAGAUAGCGUGGAUGAGAUGACUGACCAUACAAGAGAUUCUGACACUUCUACUCUUGUGACUAAUACACAAAAAGAUAUUAAUCAAGCAAAAAAAAAGAAAAUUGCUGAAAGUAUGUCUAAUCAAGAAGACACACAUGAAAUGACCGACCAUACUCAAGAUUCUGUCACUUCAAAUCUUGAAUAUAAUAUACCAAGAGAAGAUUAUGACAUCGAAAAUACUGAUCAAGACAGUAUAGUAAGCGAUAAUUCUAAUAUUUUAAUGCCUGCGACUAAUAUAAGAUCACUAUUUAAAAAAGGAAAAAGUAUUCAGUCCCCUAUACAAAAUAUUACAAAUAAUGAUAGCGAUAAUGCACAAGAUUCUAAUACUUCAAUUAAUGCAAUACCACUACCAAUAAAAGCAGGAAAAAGUGCCCGGUCUCCUACGCAAAAUAUUACAAAUAAUGAUAACGAUAAUGAUAAUGCACAAAAUCCACCUGCGAUUAAUACAAUCUCACUACCCAAAAAAACAAGAAAAAACGUUCAGCCUUCUACAAAUAACGAUAACGAUAAUUCACAAGAUACUUUACCACCUGUGAUUAAUACGUUACUACCAAAAAAAGCAAGAAAAAAUGUUCAGCCUUCUACAAAUAAUGAUAACGAUAAUUCACAUGAUACUUUACCACCUGCGAUUAAUACGUUACUACCAAAAAAAG